AUGUGUGGGGGACAAUGAGAUUAGUGUGCCACCUCUGUUUGUUUUUCUGCUACUUCCCCAAAGAAAAUUCACAGAAAAUCCUCUCAAAAGAGGCAAAAAGCGGAAUAUUUUGGGAAACUGAGACAUGUCUACUCUCGCCAAGACUACCCUAGCUGUCUCCUGUGCAAUCUCAGUGGGAAUCAUUGGCUACGUCCACUACAAGCAGCAAUAUGAUAGGGCAAAAUUGCAUGAAGGUGUCCUGAGGGACAUUGAGAGGCAGCAAAUGAGAAAAUUGGAAAACACCUAUAGGCUACAGGAGCAGAUUGAAUUGACACGACAGCUGAGGAAAGACCUCCAAGAGCAAGAGCAGAGUUCCGGGAGUUAAGCGCCUUGUCGCCAAUAGUUUUCAUUAAUUUUUUUGUAAUAAGAUUUAGAAUAAAAUUAUUUUGACCAGUUUCUUCUUGUCCCUGCUCUCCGGAAAGACCUUCAGAUGUUCCUUUUUAUACAAUUCUGUCUCCCCUUUCCAA